AUGGAGCUCCACCCAUCGACGAGUGCCGAUGGUGAAGGGGCGGCGCCGCACGGAAACCUCCUAAGUCAAGGUCGUGGCAGUCCGAAGGAUGCCUCAUGCGGACCCCAUCUUGAGUCUCCCCUCCUUUCGGAUGGCGGUGGUCACAUCAGGAGUUGUUUCAUAUGCCUCGAGGGGCCCCGGAAGGGCCGUCGGGGGGCCCCUCCGAAGCUCUUGCACCCAUGUUGUUCGCAGUGUUACGCGGUGGUUCAUGAGAAGUGCUGGACGGCGUACAGGAGACGCCAGCGUCUCGCUGCCUUCAGAGCUCGGCUGCUUGGGCAUAGAGCACCUGAUACCACCAGAUGCUCCAUCUGCCGCACAGGAAGAGGAGGCCUCCCUUCAGACGUAUCUCCUCAUGGCCACGCACCGCCAGUCGGGGAAGGGGCCUCCGCCCUCCAAGAGCAGCUGCUUGCGUCGCUGGGGCGUCUCCUCAUUGAUGACGAAGGAGUUCCUACGCAUCCCUUUUGCUCUGUCUUCUGCAUAUGCCUAAACAUAUCUGCAUUGCUGUGCUUCAUUGUUGGCGGGUGCCUCGUUGCGGCCUUCACGGAGCUUCAAGGUGUCGUGAUCUUCCUGUUUUCGCUGUUUUUGUACUACCACUUUGUCCUCUUCGAGGUCGUGUACAUCGCCAUCACGCACCGCCACGAAGCCAUGGCCACGUUACCUCCUCCUCCCCCCCAGGCAACACCGAACGAACCAGAGGACGAAGGAGAUCGGGAGGGUGGAAGUGCACCGUCCUCUAGGGUUAGCCAAGAGAUGACAGAGAAUGGAGGCUUUCCUGCGAGUGGCGGGGCCGGAGAGCCUCCUCAAGGCUCUGCAGGGGGCCCCUAUCGUUCAAAUGAAACGCGUGCAGAGUUGCAGCUAGGCAGUGGCCACUUUGGGAACUUUGCCGGGUGGCUAGCUUCCAUAUGGCAUCGAGACACUGAGGGAGGCAGUGUCUUGCCAAUUUCUGCAGUGUCGUCGCCCUUCCUCCCGAGCUCUUCGCUAGCUGUUGAAAUGCAGAUGUUGCAUUCGCGCUCAGUGCCUAGCUAG